UGUAUUCUUUUCAGCGCCUUCAUUUUAAAUUUAAAACUUAAAGUUUUCUGUUCAUUAUUUACAUGUCUGCUCCAGAUGUUUCAAAAAUCAUCACUCAAGUUAUUUGGAGAAGAAAAUGUUACAGGCUUUAAUAUCAAAACCUUUAUUAAAGCUUUGGAUCAUAUCUUGGGAGGCGGAAUUUCGUCAGGAAUUCUAACCGAAUUUUGUGGCGCGCCAGGUACUGGAAAAACUCAUAUGUGCUUACAGAUGUGCUUACAUGCUCAGUUAACGAAUAAAAAGGGAAGAGUUGGCAAAGCUAUUUUUAUUGAUACAAGUCAAGGUUUUAAUCCCCAUAUAAUAAGAGAAAUGGCGGCAUAUACCAGCGAAAAACUUAUGAGCGGAAUUGAUGGUGUAACAAUUACUGUUGAAGAGUUUCUCUCAAAUAUUGAAUAUUUGUUUUGUAAUACAAUAGAGGCAAUAAAGCAAGCUAUUAAUGUUAUCAAGGAAAAAGUUGAAAAAGGGGAAAAUAUCAAACUGAUAGUAGUUGAUUCAUUUACAUAUAUUUUUCGUAAUUUUAAUGGACCAAGUUACUUGCGAUUGAGAUUGGUUUAUGAAUUAUUGACUGAAUUACAAAUUUUAGCGGAUAAAAAUGAAUUAGCAGUAAUACUUACAAACCAGUUCUCAAGUAAAGUUACGGAUUGCAAUAAUUUAAUUUUAUAUCCGGCUUUAGGAGAAGCUUAUGCUCAUAAAAUAGGUCAAAGACUAAUAUUUGAAAAGGGAAUAAUUCAACGACGAAUUUUUUUGCAUAAAACAUUAUAUGGUUCAAGUGCAAUUAUACCUUUUCUGAUUAAUCAAAGUGGCGUGCGUAGUAUAAAUACUUACAAUUAAAAAUUUCUAUAAUUUUGUCAUCAUAAGGUGAAAAAUGUAAAUUUUAUAUUCUUAAUAAGCUUCUAACAUAUUUUUUUAAUAAAUUUUAUUGAAAUAACCUCUACAAAUUUUGAUAUAAUUUUCUGUUAUAGAAUUUCGUUAUUAAGUGUUUAAUUACUUUCUGUGUACGCCUAAUAUCUUGUAGGUGUUAAAGCGAUGUUAUUUUUAGUUCCUCUAGAAACGAAUUUUUUAUGCUUACUUUUAGCUUUUUUUUUAUCCUCAAACAAAAGGGCAGUAACUGGCAACAGCAAGUUAACGAGAAAUUAAGCAAAAGCGUGAUCAUAGCUAUUUGUACAACGGGGGCAACAGUGCACCGCGCCCACGUAUAAGGAUCUAUUGUGCGCUCCCACCCGAGUGUGGGCAUGCCUUACAACAUACACUCGAGACCCACCCUCCUAAUGAACUCAAGCAACUUGUGAGAACUAGAAGACCGUAACUCCGCCACAUGAAACUAUGUAUAAGUAUAUAAAAAGAAAUUUUUAGCAAAAAUUCAUUUUUUUAAGAUUUCUUAAAAAAUUCAAUCAGAAAUGCUUCCUUAAAGUGUUUUAGAUGUUCAAUUUUGCUUC